AUGCCAUAUUUUUUAGACGGUUGCCCCGCCAACGUCGAAACAUCAGCCGCAUCUCUAAAAGCUAACGAUGAAGAUUCAGUCAGUGAAUCCAAGAAGACAUCAGCAAAUUCCUUACUCAGACUCCAUGGUACUCACUUAGCGAACUUCUUAGACUCAGCUUUCUCGAAAUACUCCUCAUUUCAGUUCUUUGCAAUGGCGAGACUUUAUACAAAACCAAGGGAAACUGGUCAAGUGGCGAAAGGAAGCACGAAAGGCGGAGAAAGAAAAGCUGUAGAGAAUGAAGCUGUUGCCAGAUCUCAAUCUACAGCUGGGGACGAUGAGAUGCAGGAAAAGAUAUCCUCUGAAAGCGUCAGAAAAGUGAAACAGAAUGAGAGCGAAGAUGGCCCUAGACGAACUGUUAGGUCAAGGAGGCAUAUCGAUGGCCAGGAAAAGCUGAUAUCCCAGUUAUCUGAUUUGUCUUUGACCUCGAAGAAGAAGGAAAAGGCAUAUCGAGAAAGAAAUGAGGAGGAGGAAGUGGUUGAGAGGCUUAACAAGCUGGGACUUCAAGGGACAGAUGAGGAUGACGAGGAAGGCCUGGUAGAGACAAAGAUACCUGACGAGGAAGAUCAAACGGACAAAAGAAGAAGAUUUCGCCGUACAUCCAAGAAGAAUUCUAGUUACAGUGAUGAAGAUGAAGGGGAAAAUGAAGAGGAUAGUACCAUGGGACGUGAUGAAGGGGAUGAUACAGAGGAUUUCGAUUCCUUGGAUGACUUUAUUGUUUCUGAUAAUGAAUCGUUGAGUCUAUAUGAGGACUCGGAAUAUGAAGAUGAAAAGGAUAGUGAUGAAGAGGGGGAAAAGAAAGAAAAUAGCAAAUCUCACCCUUCUCCUGACCAUCAUCUAGAUUCUGAUGCUGAAGCUCAGUCUCAGCCACAGCAUCGGCCACGCAGAAGACUCUUCAGGGGUAGAAAGCAGCGUUACUCAACUCCCCCUCAUAUAUCAGAUAAUGAAUCUUGUGAGGGUACUGACAGACCUAACAAUACCCCAGGUUCUGACACAGAGCUAUUGUCAUCCAACAGCAAGGGGUACAACACAUCUUGUCCUGUUAAUCAGGAAGGAUAUGAGCAGGAUACAGCCUUCACAACUGAUAUUCUGUUGGAAUCCAGGCCAUUUCUCCCGCCUCCAAUAUCUCCUAUGUUUCCAAAAGAGCCCAGAAAUCAAAACAAAAAGUCUGUGGGUUCAACUCCUACAAAAACCACGAAUAGCCGAGCCGUAGAUAGCUCUCAAGGGUAUGGAACAUUCCCUUCCAAUUGA